AAAACAAGGAGAGACACUGAAAAUACCAACAUUGCACAACCCGUAUCGCCGCCGCAACAGCUCUGUUUCUUCUUCCUAAGUCAAUUUCAGUUGGCCAACCGCCUCCCGUCUCCUGUUCUCUUUACUCGAGCUGGAGUCCAUUGAAGGUAUUCUUGCUCUGCUGUUCUAUUGAUUUCUAGUUCCUUCGGUUUGCGGAAAAUGAUUUCCUUCUGGAAAAGAAAUUGGAUAAGUUACGGUAAUACAUUUACAGAAAUUGGCUCAAAUCCUAAGUCAAGCUGCAAGCUUGAUCUUGAAUUAGCUCAAAAGCUUGAAAGUUAAUAGUAUACUGAUUUAUUGUUAAAGUAAUAUUUGUAUUGUUUUUAAACAAUUGUAACAGUUAAGUCUUGAAUCUUGAUAACCAGAUUAGAUGCCAUAACACAGCUAGGAUUGUUAUUAAGUGAGGAUUUUGGGAAAUGAUGUGAAUGCUUAAACAAUUACCAGAGGCAACAGCUUUGCUGAAUAAUUAUUUUGCACGUCAGUCUGAUCUCAGUUCCUCACUUUUUUUACAAAAAUGAUGAAUAUGACCCUGAUUUCCUCUGAUUAUUCAGUCUUGUUUUUAGAUUAAUAGAAAUAAUUGUUGCAAGUAUUGACUGGAUUUAUUUUCAAUAAUGAAGUUUGGGAAAUGAUGCAGCAUUUCAAAUUAUCAGAAGCAAGAAGCUCUGCUGAAUAUUUAUUUUGCACGUCAGUCUGAUCCCAAAUUCUGCUCUUUUUCUUUCACCUUUCUUUUUCCCAAGUCCUACAUUAAUUAAUGAAUAAAAAACUUGUCUUUGCAUGCAUUAGCAUUGCUUUUUUCUAUAUCCUUGAUCAUUUACUGGCAAUUUGAGGAUGAGAUGGAUCCAUUAUUUUUUCCUAAGGUAUUUGUGGUUUUAAUUUUUUGUGAGAUCAUUUUGACAGUUAACGUUAUGUCAAAAAUUGUAUGUAUGAUAACAAACCAUCAAUUUGUAAGUUUCCUAUUUCAUACUCUUAAUUGUGAACUUGUAUUAUGGUAUAUUUAUGGUAUUAGGGAGGCCUCUUGUAAGUGUAUUUUUGUCCAUUAAUUCAUAUUCAUUCAAUUUAUUGUUAUUGCAAGUUUCUUUGUUAAAGAACAGAGUUAAUAUUGCUAAUACCAAGGAGGUUAAUUAUCAAACCUAACCAUUAUGCAUAAUAACUUAUUAGUUGUAAA